CACCAUCAUCAGGCAAGGCUCAUGCAGCGAACUGCAAGGCGCCAACUUCGCUCUUGGUCCACGGGUAGGAGCAGUUGUUGACACGACGACCCAAGGCUGUGGAGGUUGGCAAGACCCGUGCCGGUGCUAGCAUCUUCUUGACUUUGGGCAAUCUGGAAUUUCGAUCGGGCCGCCGAGUGCACGCGGCGGGAUGAGCAGCUUCGCAAUCGAGGUUCCUGGCGAGGCGGCCCCGCUGAAUCAGUGGGAGCUGGUCAAGGCCCUCAGCAGUGCCGCUACCUCGACCGACCACGCCCAGAGGCAGUCAGCCGGCCAGCAGCUCCAGGCAUGGGAGCCACAUUCCGAUUACUUUGCUCUCCUCCAGACCAUCUAUCUCGACGCUUCGCAGGACAAGCAGGUCCGCUUCCUCGCCAUCAUCCUUCUCAAAAACGGCAUCGACAAGUACUGGAGGCAGACGGCAAAACAUGCCAUCAAACCCGAGAACAAGCAGGCGAUACGCUCGCGUCUGCUGCAGGGCUCCCUCAACGAGGAGGACAGGACCCUCGCGCUUCACAACGCCCUCGUCACGGCCAAGAUCGUCAGGAUAGACUACCCGAACGACUGGCCGGAUGCCUUCUCCACCCUCAUCGAGACGACGAGGGCCGCUAAUGCCUCCAACCCUUUGCACCUGCGCGGCGCCCUGCUGCUGCUCCUCCGCAUCGCCAAGGAGCUGGGCACCGCUCGCCUGCGCAAGUCACAGACGGCAUUGCAGGCCGUCACCCCGGAGCUGGUCCAGCUGCUCGGCACCAUAUACACCGAGAAGACGGCGCAGUGGCAGGAUCUGUGGACCAAGGGUGUCGGCGACGAGGCCACGGUCGGCUUUGCCGUCGAGAACAGCCUGACGGCGCUCAAGGUCCUGCGGAGGUUGGUCACCGUCGGCUACGAGCAACCACAUACGGAUCCCAUGGUCUGCGGCUUCUGGUCUCUGUCGCAGUCGCAGUUCGACCAGUUCCUCAGUGGCGUGGCGGAGGGCUCGUGGGUCCCGGCUCCUUACCAGGACUCGGUCGGCAAGCAUCUCAUCCAGUUCACCAAGCUGCACAUCGACAUGUCGGAACAGCACCCGGCUAGCUUCCCCGUGCUCCCGAACUCCAUCCCCCUGGUCAAGGCCUACUGGAACCUCGUCAAGGGGUUCUCUGACGUCUUUGAGAAGUCCGGUGGCAUCAGGCAGACCGGGGGCGAGACUGCCGGGGGAAACCCCAAGCACGAGGGGCCGCUCUACGAAAAGCUUGCUCUCAAGGGCUUGCUGCUUCUGAGGAGCUGCCUCGCCGUCGCGCACCAUCCGGUGCAGACCUUUAAGUAUCGAAGCCCGGAGGUGAAGGAGCUGGAGAAGCAAGCGGUACAUACUCUCAAGACCGAGCUCCUGACGAGGGAUAUGCUCCUCGACAUGGUGCAGGUCAUAAUCAGCAAGCUGUUCAUCUUCCGCAAGUCCGACCUGGAGGCGUGGGAGGAGGACCCGGAGGGAUGGGAGUCCCAAGAGCGGAUCGAGGGUCAGGCAUACGAGUGGGCCGUCCGCCCCUGCGCGGAGAGGCUACUUCUCGACCUCCUCACGCACUACAAGGAACUCGGAGAGCCGCUACUGGCGUAUUGCAACUUGGCCACCAAGGUCGACAUGGACAUUAUCACCAAGGAGGCUGCUUACUGUGCUCUAGGCUGCGCAGCCGCCAUCAUCUACCAGAACUUUGACUUUGAUCGCUUCUUGACGACCUUCUUGGUCAAGGAUGCACAGAUCCGGGCACCCAUGGCGAAGCUGCUGCGGCGCCGCAUAGCCAUCCUGCUAAGCCAGUGGAUCCCCGUCAGGAUAUCCCAGGCCAGUAGACCUGUGGUGUACGACAUCUUCCGCCACCUGAUGAAUCCUGACGACGAGCAUAACGACGAGGUGGUCCGCAUCACGGCAGCCCGCCAGCUCAAGUAUAUAGCCGAGGACUUUGAGUUCUCGGGGGAGAGCUUCUACCCCUACGCAGCCGACAUCUUCAACCUCCUAGUCAACCUCCUCAAGGAGGUGGAGAGCGACGAGACAAGACUCGCGCUUCUCGAGACGCUUCGCGUGAUCGUGUCGAGGAUGGAGACGCACGUAUCGCAGUUCGGAGACGCCAUCAUGCUGAUGCUGCCGAAGCUGUGGGAGUCGGCUGCCAGCGAGGAAUACAUGAUCAAGCAGUCGGUGUUGGCUAUAAUGUCGGCCCUGGUCUCGUCCAUGAGGGCCGAGUCGCAGCGGUACCAGAGCGUCAUCGUCCCGCUGCUUCGGGAGGCAAUGAACCCCGAGUCGGCGCUCCACCUGCACCUGAUCGAGGAGUCGGUCGAUCUGUGGAAGGCCGUCCUGACGCAGAGCUCACCGCCGCUGAACCCGGACCUCACACAGAUGGUCCAGCUGGCGCUGCCACUUCUCGAGUACGACUCCGAGGUGGCCAACCAGUGCUUGGACAUCACCAAGGACUACAUCCUCCUAGCACCCCGAGACAUCCUCAGCGACUCCCUCCGCCGCCCGACUCUGUCUGCGCUGGGGAAGGCGCUCAGGUCGGAAAGCCGGGACCAGUCACACGUCGGCGCCAAGUCCAUCGAGCUGGUGGUGCGCGUGGCCGAGGAGCUCGGGGGUGCCCAGGGUGUCUCGGUCGUGGUCCAGGACCUGCUCGAGACCAACGUCCUCCACGCCAUGCUCGAAGGCCUGCACAGCGCGUGGGAAGCCGGCCAGACGACGGGGCCCAAGCGCAAACAGAGCAAGAUCAGCACGGUCAAGGAGACGGCCUACUUUGCGAUCCUCGCCCGCAUCGCCCUGGCCGACCCGGCCCUCCUGGUCAGCAUGCUCACCAGCUUCGGCAGCCCCAUCGACCAGGUCUGGUCCUGGCUCAGCACGCAGUGGUUCGCCAACUUCGACUGCAUGGGCGACGUCGAGCGCGAGAAGCUCUCGUGCCUGGCCCUGACCCGCCUCUGGGAGCUGCCGGACCAGCAGAUGCAGGAACUCGUGCUCAACCGGCUGCAGGACUACCUGUCCAUGUGGACCAGCGUCAUCAUGGAGCUGGCGGACGGCGGCGCGCAGCCCCCGCCCGCCGCUGCCGCCGGCGAGGCCGCGCCGCCGGGGCCGCCGCCGCUGGGAGCGCACGACACGCUGGUGUGGACCGGGGAGCUGCCCGGGUACGAGUACGACACGCCGCUGGACGUGGCGGAGCGCGAGUUCGCGGCCAAGGACCCCGUCCACUGCGUCGUCACGUACGACUUUGUGCGGGCCCGCCUGGCCGACAUGGUGCAGCGGGUGGGCGGCGAGCAGGCGUUCGAAGCCAACUGGGCCGUCAAUGUGGACCGGGAGGUGCUGGCGGGGUUUCAGAGGCUGAGUCAGCCCGCGUCAGGGGGACAUGACUGACUGGUGGUCAAUGGGUGUGGGAUAAUAGUUAGUUAGUAGUAGUAGCAGGAGGAGGAGGAGGAGGGAGGGGGGGAAGCUGGGUUGGUGGUUUGAUUAUGUCGGCGCGGAGCAUCGAGUGAGUGAGAGAUGGGCGGGUGGUAAUCGUCUCCUCUCAUCAUCACCAUCACCAUCGUCAUCUUCUUCUUUUCAGUUAGGGAAAGUUGUUCCAAAGACGAGCAGUGCCGGUCCUAGAACCGGGGGGUCGCACUCAUGAUUUCAGGCAUUAAUUAGAGAUGACUGUGGUUGGUCGAACUGCUGUGCGGUAAGAUUCCCUGAAGCCUCGAAAGAGGGUGUUCAAAGAAAGUAAAGAGGGUUUUAUGCUCAGUCCCGC